AUGGCAACGAAGGCAGUACAUCUCGAAUUGGUUGGUGAUCUCAGCUCCGAAGCAUUCAUCGCAGCGUUGAAACGGUUCGUUGCCCGCCGAGGCAAACCAAUUGCUCUGUUCUGUGACCAUGCCACCAACUUCAAGGGCACAGACAGGGAACUACGAGACCUCUGCAAGCAACUCAACGACCAACAACUCCGACUGAAGGUAGCAUCGUUCUGCGCUGAAUCAUCCAUUCAGUUCAACUUCAUCCCUGCGAACGCUCCGACAUUCGGCGGCCUUUGGGAGGCCGCGGUCAAGGCUUUCAAGCACCACUUUCGCACUCCAAUCAAUCCCGGAGCCCGACCCUGCCCAAGUUCCCAACACCCGGUUUCACUUGGGCAGGAGAUGCAGCGCAGAACCCAAACGUUUUGGAAACUCUGGUCGACGGACUACCUUCAUCAACUGCAGCAGCGUACGAAGCACUACUACCGGCAGCCGAAUGUUCUGAUUGGCAAGCUGGUACUCCUGAAGGACGACAACCUACCACCGUUCAGGUGGAGCAUGGGUCGAAUCGAAAACGUCCAUCCCGGCGCGGAUGGCCUCGUCCGUGUGGUGACCGUCAGACUGGCAUCCGACGCAAUCUUCGACCGAUCGAUUGUGAAGAUCUGUCUUCUACCAACCGACAGCGAAGAUAGUUCCGCCUCCACUUCCGGUGAAGUGCCUGGCAGCCCAGAUGGAAACGCAGCAACCGCUGCUAUCCCAGAAGAAUCCUCAUGA